UAGAAUUGCAACAGCUGUUUCUGUUUAUUCCACUCCCGCUAAAACCUCUUCUAUUACUAAAAGAGAUUGAUAAACUUGUGAUAAGUAUACCGGUCUCUCAACAACCAAAAUGACAACUAACUCUGAGGAUAUGCUGAGCCUUUUUGAAAAAUUUCAAAAAUACGUUGAAGAGGAGCAGGCACGGCGUGAAGUAAUACAAGAGUCAGCUCGUGAAUUAGAGCAGCAUAUUAGACAAAUGAUGACAAUUCUUCAAGGAAUUCAUCAAGAUACUGGAAUCAAAGACAGUCCAAAAGUGAUUAACCGAGCAAAGGAACUGGUUGGUCCCAGCAGCAAAGUUUACCAGAAAUUGAGUUCAGGAAUCCCUCCUAAAGAGUAUUAUAAAUACCAUGAAAUUUGGCGAGGCAUUACUCAAAAAGCAGUGUUUUGUAUUGCAUUAAUUGAAUUCCUUCUGUCAGGGAAACUUGCAUCUAGAGAACAGGUUGCAGCUGAACUCUCUUUAAAAAUCGACCAGUCAGAAGGAUUUCACCUCGAUUUGGAAGAUUACUUGCAUGGGCUACUUCAGUUGGUUUCAGAGCUGUCUAGAUUAGCAGUAAAUAGUGCUGCUUGUGGAGAUUAUCAACGCCCUGUUGCUAUAUCACAGUUUGUCAACGAACUGAAUGCAGGAUUUCGUUUACUUAAUUUCAAAAAUGAUUCCCUCAGAAAACAUUAUGACUGUUUUAAAUAUGAUUUGAAAAAAAUAGAAGAGGUAGUAUAUGAUCUUUCUAUCAGAGGACUGAAGUCUUCUGAAACCAAAUCAAAUGUUGAUGCCUCACAUACAUCUAAUAUCUCAGACGAUUCUCAGAUGGCUUCUUAGAUUUCCAAUAAAGGAAAUAUGUUGCCAAAUUUCAUAUUUCUACUAAGAAAUUUUGUCGUCAUGUGUACAUUUGUAUUUUUUUAUUUCUUGUAAUUUAUUAUAAAUUUCAAAUAAACUUCCAAAUGUGUUUCUAAAA